GCGACGGCGGCUCUUUUCGGGCUACAGCGGCGGCCGCAAACUAUGUGUGCGAUUCCAGAGAUGGCUAUAUAUUGCACAAUUCGUGGGACUAUUCGCUCACACACACACAGACAUGUAUAGGAUAGGAUGAUUUGAUGUAUGCGCGACCAAGCGGGGCAGAUACGUAGGUCAGUUUCGUCAUAAUUGCGACUUUGAGGCAAAAAUGCGCCAAUUCCCAUCGCGCCGUGCUUAGCUGCUGCUACUGCUGCUGCGGAUACUCGAGAGUUGGCUGCGCGCGCGAUUCACGUGGUACUCGCUCGGCGACAAACAUCUCUCGCUCUAUAUAAAAAAAAAAAAGAACUAUAUGUGCCGGAAUCUCGAUCGAGUUUUUUUUUGGGGCGCACACGCUCCGGCUCGAUAAUAGCUUUUUCCAGAUCAAGCUUAGUUUUCUCGCUCGCGCGCCGCUGGACACGAGCCGAGAAAUUGUGACAAAUCCAAUUUCGAGCUAACUCGCGAUCGAUUUGGCCGCGUCGCGCUCGCGGAGAGCUUUAAUUGUCUAGAUUUUGCAUCGCACUCGUGAAGAGAGAUUACAAGGCAGGCGUGUAUAGAGUAAGUAGUGUGCGUCGCUCGGUGUGUCAAUAUGUCUGUGCGCGCAUACAUACAUGAAAUAUCAGCUGCAUCGACCGCCCAGUGCCUCUAAUGCACAUGCGGAAGGCACGUGGGCGCUCGUCUACUUCGACACCAGUCACCGCCUCGUUAGCCGGAGAGUCAGCCGCGGCAGCAGCAGUAGUAAGGAUAACAACACCAACGGCAACAUCUUCAACGACAACGACAACAACAAAAACGAGCAUCGAGUCGUCGAUCGCAGUCUUUGCUACUGCUGCUGCUGCUGCCUCCGCUGCUGCUGCUCUCCACGAGGAUGAUGUUGCCUGUGCAGCCCUACUCCACGGGCCAGACAGUACGCGCCUCUUCUUUACGCACGACGACGAUGACUCGACCGAUGACGAUGUUGCUGCCGCUGCUGCUGUCGCCGACUUUGCCGCUGCUGUUGCUGACCGCUCCGGCUCCUUCCUCCUCGGCCAAUAACUACCGUGGCACGGUAUGCUGCGCUGACAAAGUGUCCAAUUGUCAAAUAUACAUCGAUUGAUAUAUACUGUUGCUUAUAUUAAUCACGAUACUCUGCACACCCAAGACGCGGACAGCCGCAAAAAAUAUCCUGUCUGGCAGCGAGAGCAAACUUAUUGUUAUCCUCUCUGUAAUAUACACAUUAACAUAUAUUUUAUUAUACAUAAUCUAUUACAUAUAUUAUACAUAUAUGUGUGCGUGUGUGUAAAAAUACGAUCGACGGAUUCUCACCAAAUUAGUUGUCAAACGUGUACACUUUUAGCCCGAAAACGUAUUGUGUUGAUGCAAACGAGUAUAUCGGAUAGCCAAGUGUUUCUGCGGCAGUGCUGACUUGCAUCGACGGCCUUUUUACAUUUCUUUACGUUGUUAUUAUCCAGAUUUCUCAUCGACUGAGAAAUCGCACUUUUUUAUUUUCUCUCUCUCACCCCCUUUGCGGAGAAAAGAAAUCAAAGCCGAAGCUGCCGGGGAUAAAGGAUCGGCCGGUAUAGAGAAAAAAGAACUCGAAGCGGAAAAACAAAAACGGCAAGAGAAUGAUGCUGGACACGAUAGCGUACGACCCGCGGCUGAUCUGGCUCGUGGUGGUCGGCUUCAUCGUGGCGUUCGUGCUGGCCUUCGGUAUCGGCGCCAACGACGUGGCCAACAGCUUCGGGACGAGCGUCGGCGCCGGCGUCCUCACCAUCUUCCAGGCCUGCGUCCUCGCGACCAUAUUCGAGGUGCUCGGGGCCGUGCUCAUCGGCUACAAGGUGUCCGACACGGUGCGCAAGGGCAUCCUCGACACGUCGCUCUACAUGGGCCACGAGCGCGAGUUCAUGUUCGGCGCCCUCUCCAGCCUCAUCGGCUCGGCCGUUUGGCUCCUCGUGGCCACGGCCUUCAAGCUGCCCAUCUCGGGCACUCACUCGAUCGUCGGCGCGACCGUCGGCUUCUCCCUCGUCUGCAAGGGCACCGCGGGGGUCAAUUGGAAGGCUCUGUUGAACAUAGCCGCCUCGUGGUUCGCUAGUCCACUGCUCAGUGGCUUCGUAUCGACGACCCUCUUCUGGCUCAUCAGAAAGUCCAUACUGCGCUCUACCAAGCCGCUCGAGAAGGGCCUCCAGAUGCUGCCUUUAGCCUACAGCAUCACCCUCGGAGUCAACGUCAUGUCCAUACUUCACGAUGGACCCAAACUUUUGCACAUGGACAACAUACCGUGGUGGGCAGCCCUGAGCGGAGCCGCUGGUCUCGGGCUCGCCUUGGCCAUCGUCGUCUACCUGUUCGUAGUGCCCUGGCAGAGGAAGAAGAUCAUCAUGCAGCACAGCAGUGCCAACAACAGCCGCUUGCCCGAGCUCGACACUCCGGACGGCAACAAGGAGACGACCGCCCUGUCGGUCAUAUCGCAGCGCGGCGAGGUGACCCAGCAGCAGCAGCAACAGCAGCAGCCGUCGCAGCUCCUCGAGGAGCCGCCGAGGGGCCAGCUGCGCGUCAACAACAGCGCCAGUCCGCUGCUCAUGUCGGCAGCAGGAGGCGACCUCGAGGCCGGCCGCGCCCUCGACGAGGAGGCCAUCAUGGACUCGGAGCACCCCGACGUCUCGAAGCUCUUCGCCUUUCUGCAAGUCAUGACCGCUGGCUUCGGCAGCUUCGCCCACGGCGGCAACGACGUCAGCAACGCCAUCGGCCCGCUCAUAAGCCUCUGGGUCAUCUACGCCGAGGGCUCGGCCAAGCAAGAAGCCGAGACGCCCCUGGCUAUUCUCCUCUACGGCGGUUUGGGAAUCUCCGCUGGCCUCUGGAUCUGGGGCCGUAAAGUCAUCGAGACUCUCGGCUCGGAUCUCGCCAAAAUCACACCGACCACAGGUUUCACGAUCGAGGUUGGAGCCGCGGUCACCGUCUUGCUGGCGAGCAAAUGUGGCCUGCCGGUCUCAACGACCCACUGCAAGGUGGGCUCGGUCGUCUGUGUCGGUUGGGCAUCCCGGGGCGGCAAAAGUGUCAGUUGGAGCCUCUUUCGCAACAUAGCGUUCGCCUGGCUCAUCACUGUGCCGGUCGCUGGUCUUCUUUCGGCUGGCUGCAUGUUUUUCUUUCAACAAAUAUUUGACAUCUGAACAGAUAUACUUUUUUAUCAUUUUAAGUUAACAAGCAAAGCACAAUAUAAAGACGGAACAACUUUUUCUUUCUUUUUUUUUUUAUUGUUCGGUCUAGCAUAUCUUUACCUCUUAAUGAUUUUGCGUUGUAUAAUGUUUAUUUUCACAAGACGAAUGAAGCUUUACGCGUGCGUAGCAAUUUUUCAAAGUUUAAAAAAAGAUUUAUUUUCCAGACACCAGUCAAAUAAAAAGGUUUUCAAAUAGUAACCAAAUUAUUGAAAAUCUUCAUGAUUCGUGUUUUAUUAGUGUACGUACUAGAAAUAAAUUACAAAUUGAUAGGACAUCGCCUUCUCUGUUUUAUUAAAAAAAAAUCAAUCAAUUAUACAAAACACAUUUUAAAAAUUUCGAGAGCCAAUAAAUUGAAAAAGACACGGUGAACUUGUCAAUAUUCCUACGUCCAAAAUAAAAGAAUAAGCAAUUAUUGAGUUCAAUGUCGAAAUUAUUACGCGAAUGGAACUAAUACUUUUUCUAUUAUAAUAAUAAAAGCGUCGACUCGAACGUCAAGUGGAUAAUCACAUCGUGAAUAGGUGCAUUGGAUUAUCGAAGAUUCUGAGCAUUUCAAUAUUAGCUUUUUUACCAGCAGAAAUCGAUUAUAAUUUUUACAGUGCGCUACUCUAUGCUUGUACGAUGUAUGUUUUAUAUUAUCUGUUAAGCAACUUUCUAUAUAUAAAUUAUGUAUAAAUGAGGUACGGAAAAAAAAUAUUUUCUACAUUUAGAUCGUUUACUAUUUCAUUUAGUUUCGCGUUUUAUCGAAGGGAAAAUGCAAAGAUUCUAUGCAGCAGCGUAAUUUCUAUAAAAAUAAAUACGUUGCCGAGUAAGGCGUGUAAGGUAUAAGGUGGAGAUCAUAGAUUGCCGAGGUAUAAGAGAAAAUUUGAUCAAUUUGAAACUAAGUUUUCCACUUCAUACAGUAUUAUGUACAAGGUUUCAACGUAAAUGAAAAAUUCGUAGAGGAGUUGACAUGUUUAUACUUUUUAAGACACUUUUUAUAAAAUAAACUAUUUCUUC